AUGCGUUUUAGCUACAUCACUUCCGUCACUGCAGUCGUCUUCCUCACAAGUGGUGAAUUUGUAGCCCCCUCUGUAAAUGCCGAAGAAACCAAGCUCGUGGUUUUAGCACAAGCUUCGAGCAUAACUGAUCAGAAUGUUGUCGCUGGCAAAAGGCUUUUAAGAGAUGAUGGUGCUCGACAUGGCAAUUUGUCCGCCCAAGAAGACCGCUCGUUUCUGGAGAACACCCAGUUUUUGUACUGGUACAUGAUGGGGAGGACACCUCAGAGCGUCUACAAGAAAUACUUCUAA